AUGGUGGUCCUCCUCGUCAGCUUGGCGGUGGCGCAGAGCCGUGCCCCGUCGCUUGCCCACACCCACUCCAAGUCCCCCUCAGCCUCGCCCUUGCCGUCACCUUCUCCAAUGGCGACGAAGACUCUGCCGCCGGCUUCCGCCCCGUCUCCCAUUAGCGUCGUCACCUCUCCCUCCUCGCCCCCGCCGUCGCCUCCCGUCCUCGAGGGCCCCGCGUUGGGAUCUACGCCGUCGAUCGCAACGCCUUCAGCCGUGGCGCCCGCUCCGGCUGAUAGCGAGGCCGUGAGCAACGGAGUUGGCUUUGCCGCGAGAGAUAUGGACAUUGGAUAG